AUGUACUAUUCUUUAGGCCAUGCUUUUCGCAAAACAGCCGCCGGCAGCUUUGGCCCUGACCUCGCCAAAAAGCUCUCACAACUUGUGAAGAUGGAGAAAAACGUUAUGCGCAGUAUGGAAUUGGUCGGCAGAGAGCGAAUGGAUGUUGCACAACAACUAUCUCUGUGGGGGGAAGGCUGUGAUGACGAUGUUUCUGAUAUCACUGAUAAGCUUGGUGUCCUAAUAUAUGAAAUUGGCGAGCUGGAAGACCAAUUCAUCGAUCGGUACGACCAAUAUCGGGUGACAAUCAAGAGUAUCCGUAAUAUUGAAGCUUCCGUUCAACCCAGCAGAGACCGUGAGUCUAUGAUUACUCUGCUUUCAGUCACACAUCAUCUUACUAACUUCACACUAGGCAAACAAAAGAUCACUGAUCAGAUUGCGCAGCUUAAAUACAAGGAUCCUAACUCACCACGCCUGGUCGUAUUAGAGCAAGAGCUUGUCCGAGCUGAAGCAGAAUCUCUUGUUGCUGAAGCACAACUUUCAAAUAUUACCCGCGAAAAAGUCAAGGCUGCCUUCAACUACCAGUUUGACGCAUUGAGGGAGCACUGUGAGAAAUUAGCAAUUAUUGCAGGCUACGGAAAGCACCUUGUUGAACUGAUUGAUGACACACCCGUUACCCCUGGCGAAACAAGGGCAGCUUAUGACGGAUAUGAUGCUAGCAAAGCUAUAAUCCAGGACUGUGAGGACGCAUUGACAAAUUGGGUCUCGUCCAGCGCGGCAGUUCACUCAAAGCUUUCCACACGAUCUCGAACUUUAUCCCAACGAAGGCGGAAUAACAUUUCAAAAGCUCGUGCUGAUGGAGGAGGCAUGGGCAGCCAUGAACAGUCAAUGCGUGGAGAUCGUGACUCUUGGGUGCCAGCGGAGCAACACCCUAAUUAUACCCCGUCACAAGCAGAGGACGAUGAUAUCUAUGAAGAUGAUGAGGUUGUCCAGAAUGGUGAUGCAGUGAGAGAGGAGGAGAGAGCACAAGUUGCUGCGUAA